UAAAAAAGUUCAAAUUAGCAUCUCUUCUCUCACUUUACCCUCUCCUCUCUCUCUGUUUCUUUUUCCGUAACUCUUCAUCUUCUUUCCCCAAAAAAUCAGAUUUUUACGUUUUCUAAUUCUCCGUUGUUUAAUUCCAAACUUUCUAGGGUUUUUUCCUAUAACGAGAGAGAGAAAAGCUUCUAGAUUUUAGCGAUGGGAUGUUUCGGACGCACUACGAAAUCGAACAAACGAUCAGAUAUCAAAACCACGAAGAACAACGAUUUCACCCCAAAAAAACUCACCAUCAAUUCAAACAUCGUCCAUAAGAACGUAAAUCUGACACAACCCAGCUCAGAUUGUUUAAAAGUUAGUCUAUGUGGAGAUGUAAGCAAGGAGGUAGUUACUAAGGAGGAUCAAUUAGCUUUGGAUGCUAAGGAUACUAACGUUGAAGAUGAAGUUAUAGGGAAGAAAGCACAGACUUUUACGUUUGAAGAACUCGCUGUUUCGACCGGAAACUUUAAGAGUGAUUGUUUUCUAGGUGAAGGAGGAUUUGGAAAAGUUUACAAAGGUUUCAUUGAGAAAAUCAAUCAGGUUGUUGCAAUUAAGCAACUUGAUAGGAAUGGUGCUCAAGGAAUUAGGGAAUUUGUUGUUGAAGUGUUGACGUUAAGUCUCGCUGAUCAUCCGAAUCUUGUGAAGCUUAUUGGAUUUUGUGCUGAGGGUGUUCAGAGACUGUUGGUUUACGAGUAUAUGCCGCUAGGUUCUUUGGAAAAUCACCUCCAUGAUCUUCCUCAUGGUAGAAAACCGCUUGUUUGGAGCACUCGGAUGAAAAUAGCGGCUGGUGCAGCAAGAGGACUAGAGUAUCUCCACGAUACAAUGAAACCUCCUGUGAUAUACCGCGAUCUUAAAUGUUCGAAUAUCUUGCUCGAUGAAGGAUAUCACGCAAAACUCUCCGACUUUGGAUUAGCUAAAGUCGGACCAAGAGGGAGUGAAACCCAUGUUUCCACAAGGGUUAUGGGAACAUAUGGUUACUGUGCUCCUGAUUACGCAUUAACAGGACAACUCACAUUCAAAUCAGAUGUAUACAGUUUCGGAGUUGUUCUUUUGGAGCUUAUCACUGGAAGGAAAGCUUUCGAUAACACGAGAACACGUAAUCACCAGAGUCUAGUUGAAUGGGCACGUCCGUUGUUUAAAGAUAGGAAGAAUUUCAAGAAAAUGGUUGAUCCGUUACUCGAAGGAGAUUACCCGGUUAGAGCAUUGUAUCAAGCACUUGCAAUAGCUGCAAUGUGUGUUCAAGAACAGCCUAGUAUGAGACCGGUGAUAGCCGAUGUAGUAAUGGCUUUGGAUCACUUAGCUUCUUCAAAAUAUGAUCAUAGUCACCGUCAAAAGCAGCCUAAUGUGACAGAGACUAAAGUCGAGGAAGAGAAAACACUUGUAGAAUCUAAUGUUUGUGUCGAGGAGAAACAAGAAGAGAUCAAGAUUUGCUCAGAUCAAGCGACUUAAUCAUCAUCAAUGACGAUUCUUCUUUUGAAAACAAAAAAAAAAACAAAAGAUUGUUAAAAUUUUGAUAAUUUUCUUCUUGAUAUGUAGAAUGCUUCGUUUAUGUAAGCAACAAUUUUGUUCGAUUUAGUGAAGAUGAAGCCGGUUUUUGCAAAA